CCCUGUGUACAGUUUUCAUUGCCUGCAUUUAUCUCCUGAAGGCAAAUGGAGUGCAGUUCUGAGCUGGCUGUAAGCAGGAUCAUCGUUUGCUGAUUUUUAAAAAGCUUGUAUUUUCAUUUCUUUCUAUUGUGUUUCAUAACAUUAUUGGUAAUGCUCAGAGGCAUCAGCAAAGCUGUGUUCUGGUAGUGGUCCGAAGUACCGAUUUUUCCUAUGCCACGGAGGGAGACAGAGAAAGCGAGAGUGAAAAACUGCAAAAAUAGAUUAAGCAAAUUGAAGAAUGCCAGCGCAGAAGAUGGAGUGGGAACUGUUAGUGCUAGUUGCAUGUGAAGUUAAUGAGCAAAUAUUCACAAACCAAGAGGCCCAGGAUCGAUUUGAAGCCCUUUUCCGAGUUUAUGACGAGCAGGCCUCAUUCCAACUGUUCCAAAGCUUUCGGAGAGUACGGAUAAACUUCACCAAUCAAGAGGCAGCUGCACGUGCCCGAAUAGAACUUCAUGAAUCCGACUUUAAUGGCACCAAACUCAAACUUUAUUUUGCACAGGUUCAAAACAGUGAAGGCAAGGUUGAUAAAAUGUACUUGACCCCACCUCCACCUGUGAAACAGUUCCUCAUCUCCCCUCCAGCGUCUCCUCCAGUUGGAUGGCAUCAGAUUGAAGAUGCAACUCCCACCAUUAAUUAUGAUCUUCUGCGUGCAAUUGCUACACUUGGCCCAGGUGACAAGUACGAGGUUCAUACAGGAACAGAAGGCACUCCAAGUGUUGUCGUUCAUAUCUGUGAGAGUGAAAAUGAAGAUGAAGGUGCAGUUAAACUGCCAAAACAAAAAAUAGUUCAAACAAAACGACCAGAUAAUGCACCAACAGUGAACAAAUGAAGCUUCUGUCUACUUGCCUCCUGUGACCAUAUCAUUUACUGCAGCAACAAUUUACUGGCUGUUUUUUUCUUCUUCUUGAGGACUGUUUAUCCAUCGUUAUAUGAAAAAUGUAGUAAUUUAGGUGAUUUCCUAAUAAAAUAACAACUGUAAGGAUAUUUUUGUGGUUUUGAAGCUUUAUUCUGUGUUUCCCCAGUUUGUUCAGACCUCAUCGGGCACAAAAUAAUGUUGGCUGACCGUGGAAUGAAAUAGCAGGAUUGCUUUCCUCUCCUCUAAAAGCUUCAAAUCCAUAAAAUUGUUAUGCAGCUUCAGUAUUCGAUCAAAGCUUUAUUUCAGCCCUUUUCAGAUGUGUGAAAUGUAAAUGUCGCUAUUGUCUCUUUUGCAAUGUUGUGUUAUGUGUUAUCUGUCUUGAAUGUUCUGAACAAAUAUUGAUCAUAAGGAAGCAAUACAAAAACUGUUUGCAUCCAUAAUCGUGCAAUACUUCAAGCAGAUUAUUAUCUAAUUAGAGAAAGCGACCAAACUGUUUUGAAGCUUUCUUCAAUCCCUCCCCAUAUUUCCCCAGACACCCUCCAUUUCCUUCCCUAGGAACAGUGGUAAGGUGAAAUAGUGAAGCAGUUAAGCAGCUCACAUUUGCAACUGAAAAUAAUUCCAGAUUAUGCAGUUUGUGCUUGAUAUCUUUUUGUCUUAUUUGUAUAAAAUCAAUUCACUGGCUGAAACAAAACUGAUGAAUCUGGAAAGGCAUGAGGUACGUCAUGCUUGCAUCUUCAGAGAGGGUCGUCAUUGUUUUGAAACUUAGUUUGGAGUUUGAACCAAUUUAGUGCCACUCACUGAACAAGGGCAGACCAAUGAAUCAUGUUUGAUAACCCAUAAAGCUUUAAGUCAAGUACUUUGGUGUGAUGUGGCAUCUCUUGGCAAAAUCCAACUUUUUCUGCUGUUCUCCAAUUUGACUUGAUUUGCUCCCUGAGUACUGCAAUUUUUCUUCAGUUUCUCGAGCUAAUGAGCAGAUCUAGGUGAUAAGUUAAUUGCCAAACAAAACAUAUGCUCUAGCAAUGUUUUAAAUAAAGAGAAGCAUGUAUUUGUGGAUUAGUUUCUGCUCAAUUAACAUCAAUUACCUCCAAUAGUUGCAGUAAAAAUGAAUUAUACAUUGAGUUAAGUAGCAACAAUACACAACAAAUUAAAUUGGAAAAGCACAUUAAGUAGUUUUUAAAAAUUGGAAUUAGAUAAAGUUUGUGUUGAGCAAUUAUGAAUUAAGUAUAGACUUGAGGAUAUUAGCUUAAAAGUCCAAACUCAAGACAAUUUACUAAGUAGGCAAUCUGUGAAUUUCGAGAUCAAAAUGUUUUGAUUUAAAAUUAGAAUAUAAAAAGUGAUUAUUCUAUAUUCUGACUGAAUAUUUGUGUAGCUGUAAUAUUAGAAUUUGUACAAAUGCAGGUUCUGUUGUCAUAGCAAACAAAAUUUGUGCAGACUACUUUUGACUGAAUUUAGCUUUUGGCUUGAGUUAGAUGUACAGUUAAUGCCUUAAAUCUAAUUGCUAUAGCAAUUUUUGUUAUCAUUCUGAUUGUGGUUCAAAGUGGUUGCAUUCAACAGACAAUAAUUCUUGUACUACAUCAAUAAUGACCAAACCUGCAAGUGUAGAAUUUUAAACUGAUUUUGUGAAUUUUAAAAUCACUGUUAAAGCGUUUGGUUUUGACUCUGAUAUUGAUUGAAUAUUUAAACUGCGCAGAUAGCCAGUUUGCAAAACCCUAUAGUGGUAGAUAUUUCUAUAUUAACUUGCUCAAAUGAGCUAUACGACGCCACUAGAGCAGGAGGGAGUUGAAUCUUGGCCUUCUGGCUCCAUUCUACCAAUUCUAAUAUUCUACACGAAUUCCAGUCCCCACCUCCCUCUCAGGUUAUAUUGUAAGAUGUUCCAUGCCAGAUCCAUCAGGACAUAUAAAGUAGCCUCCCGUUUUCUCAGAAUGCCCUGAUUUGUUGAGUCCAAUGUUCAUUUCCAGCUUUUCAUGGGAAUCUCCCGUCCAAAGAUUUCAAUCUCAUGACUCUAAUUAGUGAUGGGUUCCUGGCAGAAGAGCAACAUUUUAUUCUCAACUAGAUUUGUUUUCUAUGUCCUCUCAUCAGUAGGGAGUCUUUAAGCAGAACAUUCAUCACAAGACGACCUCAUUGGUUUGAACUGAAUUGGAUGAUCAGGGCAGGACAGCAGCAGCAAAGAAAAUGCUGAUGUAGCAGAAGAACUUAAAGAUAAUGCACAUUGGAGGAUUAACCUUUUUCUGUUUGAGGAAAAAUAUUUACUACUUUAAUGACCACAUCAUCGCAACUGUAAUUGUGUGUGGACUGUUUGCUCGGUUGUGUGACAGAAAGUGCAGAGGAGGGCAGUAAUUUUCCCUGGAAAGAGAACAUUGUAGUAGCUGAAUUCAUCAUCACUAUUCAUUGUGCUCGCCCCCAUACCACACCCCCUGCUCCCCAAAAAGAUUCUUGAUUAAAAAGCUUAUUAAUAACUCCAAUUUUGUGAACAAAAUGUAUGAUAAUUACUUUUCUGAGGAAGGGUCACUGAACCCAAAACAUUAACUCUGAUUUUUCUCAAUAGAUGUUGCCAGACCUGGUCAGCCUUUCCAGCAAUUUCUGUUCUUGUUUCUGAUUUACAGCAUGCACAGCUCUUUUUGUUUUUCUUAAUAUAAUUACUCUCACCUAAAAUUAUUUUAGGAAAAUGCAAGUGUUUUACGGAAUAAAAAAUAAUCUGUGUUUCAGUCUCUCGAAGAAAACGUAAUUUUUCAGCGCCAGGCGAUCAAUGGUUACAUAAAGUGUUUACUGUCUGGUAUUCAUCGAAAUAGAUUGACAUUAAAAUUGCAAUAUUGCAGGGAAAAGUGUAAAUUCAGGAUAGAAUUUAAUGUAGGUGACAGGAGGUCUCACCCACCAGCUGGAAAAUGAAUGACAGCACCACAUUAUCUCUUUUUAGGAAGGCCUGCUGCACUGUUCCUUGAUCCCAGGUACACUGUGAGCUAAUCAGAAGUUGUCAACACUUCAUUUCUCAGCCACACCGCUCUGGAACUAUGGCUGUUGCCAGUAAUGCACCCAGGAUCAGCCAGGGACCUAGGCCAGAGGUAAACAAUGCCAGGAGGAGAAUCACAAGAAGAAGUGGAAGGUGAUCAGUUAGCAAGAGCAGGAGGUUGGCCCUUAAUUUCCACCCCUCCGUCCUGAUGUUAGGUCCCACAAUCAGUCUGCCUUUUUUGGGCUUCCCACAUGACAAGUGUCCCACUUCCAUUAAUGAAUACCAGGGUGAGGCUCUGAAGUGGGCAUUGAUUGCCUACUUAAAGGUCUCACUCGGCAGUUUAACAGACAUUUGCCAUGCGCCUUCUGCAGUGAACAUAAUUAGAGCAAUGAGUGAAAGGUGGUUCAGCCCCCAUCCACCACCAUUUGUCACUUAGUGAAAGAAAUCUGCCAUCCUAACUUGGUCUGACCAUCAUGUGACUCCAGACCCAUUGCAACUGCCUCCAGGCAAUUAGGGAUAGGCAAUAAAUGCUGGCCCACCCAGCAAUGCCCAUUUUUCAUUAACAAAUUUAAAAUAAGUUUCAAAAAAACUAUGCCUACUGCCUAAUCAAACAACCAGUGACCAAACUCACCAUGGAAGCCACAUUAAAUUCCAUCCAAAAGAAUUGCUAUGUAAACAAAUAAAUAUCUGAACAAAAUGAGCAGCAAACUUCAAACAGUUUAAACAAUGCAUGUACUUCUCAAUGUACCUUGGUCAUUACUGACCAACUGUCAGAACGAUGUUGGUGCUGUUUUGGCUGGCUACCAGAAGGUGUGUCAGAGCACCUUGGAGUGAUACAGACAUGUCCUUUAUUCCCCCAAAAAACCAAGCAAAGAUCAACUCUGGAUGAAUAUAGGCAGCAAAUGACCUGCAAUGCAUUGUGCUAUUGAUUUCUCAUAAAUUUCCAAAAUGCUUAAUUUUAAUGGCAUUACAACCUUAGAUGAGCAUUGAUUUAUCACUGAAACUAGAAAACAGAGCUCUUUAAAUCAAAAUGUAGGAAAUAAUUGGCAACUAAAAAUAUUUUAUGUUAUUAAUUAUGAAAAAAUGUACUCUUGUAUUUUGUUUUUGUCCUCCAGUUAUUCCAACAAGACUACAUCUGUUUGUUUGAAUGUAUAUGACAAUAAGAUGUAGGAGCAGAGUUCGAUUAUUUCACCCAUCGAGCGUGUUUGACCAUUUGUUCAUGGCUGAUAACUGUUUCUCAACACCAUUCUCCUACCCUUCUCCACAUAAGCUUUAAUCCCCAAUGUGACAAUGUAUCCAGAGCUGUGCUAGGAAUCAUACAGAGUGAUGCAGGGUGGAACUUAUCUCCUUUUACAGGCAUGACAGUGCUAGACAUCUUUACAGUGAAUAACUGCACACAAUCCUUUAAACAUUUUCUUCAUCAAAGUAACUUUACGUAUAAAUAAAAUAAUCUUCAGUCUAUUUUCCAUCCAUGUCCAAGGGUCUGUUCAUUUGAUGAUAUCUGGCUAAGUCUGCAAGUGAGGAUUUCCACAUAUCACACAACUCUGAGAUCGUGUGGCUGAGUAUUCAAAUGAAGAAAUGGCUGAAUGUAUAAAAGAUAAAGGUAAAGUUGCCAUAGUCCUACCAAAUCAUAGGCUUCUCUGCCAUUAGAGAGAGGAUUGGUGGUGAUUUAACCCAAGGGUCACUGUGCCUCAGGUGAAGGGAAGAGGUUAAGAAGGAGAAUCCUUCACAGUGUGGGAAUGGAACCCAUGUUGUUGGCAGCACUCUGCAUUCCAUCCAACUGAGCUACCCCAAAGCCCAAAUAUUUCUACACACAUUUAUUUGUGCUUAUCAGGCAACAGCAAAAUUGAUUAGUUUCUUUUUAAACAAGCUGGCAACUUUCAGAAUAAUGCUACUUUGGAUAUAAUUCUACUGUUUAUAAGUCCAUGUAAUUCACUGGGUUCUUGGAAGACCAACAUAGCAUUAUUUACUUUUGUCCCAAAAGUGACAGUAGAACUCUUUAAAGUACUGCUGUAAAAGCAUGAUUGUCUGAUAUCUGAGAUAAUGGGAACUGCAGAUGCUGGAGAAUUCUAAGAUAAAAUAUGAGGCUGGAUGAACACAG